ACCACAAUUCACCUGUUAUGACGAGUCAAUCCUGAGUCCUAUGAUGCGCAUACUCAGCAGCAUUAUUCGGUAAUGCUUCUACGACCAGCACUGAUACGGCCGCCCGUGGCCCGAGACGCGGCUUCACUAUGCUCCCGUUGCCUGUUCAAGGCGAGCGUAGCUUCACAGCGAAGUUUCGCAACGUCGGAGGGACGACGAUCUAGCAUUGGGAGCUCACCGAAUACUCCUAGACUAUUUCAGAAAAAAGAGUUCUUUAUUUCAUAUGAUCCUUCGAAACGCGUGGUUAAGAAAAGUGUUUUGUCGUCAUUACCGACAACCCGAGAUCAUACGGCAUCGCUCAGUACAGGCAGUUCGGCUGUCAACACCCCAAUUCCUGGAGCACCAGAACAGACGCAGGAACUCCCGCACAGACGGCGGAAAAGACUAAAAGAGGAAGCAAAGUCUCGCGACGAUGGCCCCGAAGAACAAUUGCCAUUAGACGCUUCAGCUCAACUCUCUGCCUUAUCCUCCUCCCUUCCUACCUCAUCCCUACGCAGAAAAUGCGCUGCGUACCUUGCGCUCGCCAAACCUCGAUUAUCCGUUCUCAUCCUUCUCUCCACAACAUCAGCCUAUGGAUUGUAUCCGAUAACAACACUACUCGCUCUCGAUCCAUCUGUGGCUCAACUUCCGACCCUUUCCACUUCGACGCUCACAUUUCUAUAUCUUACGGCGGGCACAUUCCUUUCUUCCGCCAGCGCUAAUGCAUUUAAUAUGUUCUUUGAGCCUGAAUAUGAUGCUCUCAUGUCCCGGACACGCAAUAGACCUCUCGUACGGGGACUUAUCUCCAGACGCGGAGCGUUGAUUUUUGCCAUUGCAACUUGCAUCAUCGGCAUCGGUCUGCUGUAUAUCGGCACGAAUCCAACAGUUGCCGGUCUAUCAGCUGCCAACGUCUUUCUGUACGGUUUCGUUUAUACCCCGAUGAAGAGAAUACAUGUCAUCAAUACAUGGGUCGGAGCCAUUGUCGGCGCAAUCCCACCCAUGAUGGGCUGGGUAGCCGCAGCCGGACAAACGGCUACAACAGGGCAUGAUACAUGGAAGGAUAUGCUACUCAGCGAGGAAAGUCUAGGAGGAUGGAUCCUAGCUUCUAUGUUAUUCGCCUGGCAAUUCCCACAUUUCAAUUCCCUUUCCCAUCUUAUCCGUUACGAGUACAAAGCAGCUGGUCACAAAAUGAUGUGUUGGGUAAACCCUGCUCGGAACGCGCGAGUUGCACUUCGAUAUUCGAUACUCAUGUUCCCCAUCGCCUUUGCAUUCUGGUGGGGGGGUUCACUGGCCAAUGGAUGGAUGUUGAAAGAAGCAUAUCGUUUCUGGAAAUAUCAGGGUGCUAAGGGGAGUGCGCGGGGCCUGUUUUGGGCGAGUGUCUGGCAAUUACCUAUCUUUCUGAUCGGAGGUCUCGCCACGAAAAAGGGCGUAUGGGACGGGGUGUACCGAAGGAUUUUUGGUGAGCCGGACGAUGAUUUUGAUGAUGACGAGGAGUCGUACGAGGAUGAGACGGAAGAAGAUAACGUCCCUACUGGAAAGACCGGGAAUAUAGUGCCACUGAAAGUGGCCGAAUCAAGGGCAUAG